AGCACAGAGCCGGUGGGCGCCAUAUCACUGCACGGCUACUGUGCGGGGGUCGCCAACGAGACAAUCGCCGGUCAGUCCCAUGUGUUUCGUUUGGUCCGAUACGCGACGCCUCAGAAGUAUUUUUCGGCCAUCGAUGGCGAGACGGCUAUCCAGUGGGUGUCAACCAUCAACCAGUCGGCCACUCGUAUUAAUCAAAUACCCUUUACUUGA